GGCGGGGCGGGGGCGGGCCCGGGGGCGUGGACGGGGCGGGCGGCAUAAAAGACGCCGGAGCCGCACGUGCGGCCGGCGAGGAGAGCGGCCGGAGGAUGCUGGGCGGGCCGUCGUCGGGGGCGUCCGGGCCGGGGUCGCCGGCGGCGGUGAAGCGGCCGAUGAACGCGUUCAUGGUGUGGUCGCGGGGGGCGCGGCGCCGGAUGUCGCAGGAGCACCCGCAGAUGCACAACGCCGAGAUCUCGAAGCGCCUGGGCGCCGCCUGGAACCUGCUGCCCCCCGCCCAGAAGCGCCCCUUCGUCGACGAGGCCAAGCGCCUCCGCGCCACCCACCUGCGCGACCACCCCGACUACAAGUACCAGCCCCGCCGCAAGGGGGGGCGCCCGGCCCCCGCCGCCGCCCCCUCGCCCCCCGCAGCAGCCCCAGCCCCAGCCGCCCCCAACGCCGCCGCCGCCGCCUGGGGCCCCCCCGGAGCAGCCCCCCCCUGGGCCGUCACCUCCUACCCGCCGCCGCCGCCGCCGCCCUACAGCCACCUGGCCUGCACCCCGCUGCCUUCUCCUCGGGUGGCCACCAUGAUGACCCAGGGAGACUGGGCCCAGAUGCAGCACCCGCUGAACGACUUCCAGGCCUCUUACGCGCUGCAGAGUGGGGAGGGGGCCGAGGGGGCGGCUUCCCUACAAGGCUACGUCCUCCCCCCACAUCACUACCAGCCGCUCGGCUUCAGCAACAUGGCAGCACACCUUUAGAGACUGCGGGGGCCGAAGACCCCGGCCCAGGGAGGAAACGGAUUGGCUGGCAAAAAUGAAGGAAGCCUUGGGGUGUACGUAGAGUGUGUGUGUGUGGGGGGGGGGGUGUCUGCGGACCCUGCGGUGGUGGGGACUCUGUGAUUCUGGGUUUACAGGACUCGUGAGAAACCUUUUGUAACUUUUUGAAUAAAAGCGUUUUCUGAAAAUAAAGCUUUACUUGUAGUAA